AUGGCCUGGUGGAAGAAGCUGUCCCUUAGCCUGCUCUUUUGGGACCGAAUACUGCUGUACCUCCUGUCUGAUGGAAAGAUUAAACCUGUGGUGAUUAUAAAUCCUGAUACACAGGUGUUCAGUGGAGAGAGAGUGACUUUCAGGUGUAACAUACAGACAGGAGGAGACACUGAGUGGACAUACAGCUGGUAUAGAGACGGUCACACAUUCUACCCAUACAGCACAGCACAGGAGUUUACAGGUUAUUAUUACUCCAGUGGUAAAUACACCUGCAGAGGGAGGAGAAGAGACUCUCAGCUCUCACAGAUCAGUGAUCCUGUUACACUCUCUAUAUCAGAAAAACCUAAACCUGAGCUCACAUCAAGCCCUGAAGGAGACGUCCUGACAGGAAACUCAGUGACUCUGACCUGUACACUGAAUGUGCAGUCUGAUGGAUGGAAGUUUUACUGGAUCACACUCACACAGAGCACUGAGACUGAAACUGUAGCACAGUACUACUAUUCCUACUACCCCUACUACUCCUACUCUCACAACACCAUCAGAUCAGUUAGUGUCUCUGAUGGAGGUCAGUACAGGUGCAGAGCUGGAAGAGGAAACACAGUCUACUACACACACUACAGUGAUGAACUCUGGGUAAAUGUUAUUGAGAGUCCUAAACCUGUGGUGAUUAUAAAUCCUGAUACACAGGUGUUUAGAGGAGAGACAGUGACUUUCAGGUGUAACAUACAGACAGGAGGAGACACUGAGUGGACAUACAGCUGGUAUAAGAAUAAUAACACACAGCUACGAGACACAACACAGGAGUUGAUCAUCAGCUCAGUUAGAGACUCUGACGGGGGUAAAUACACCUGCGGAGGGAGGAGAAGAGACUCUCAGCUCUCACAGAUCAGUCAUCCUGUUACACUCUCUGUAUCAGAAAAACCUAAACCUGAGCUCAAUUCAGACCUUAAAGGAGCUGCACUGAUGGUAAACCCAGUGAUUCUGUCCUGUACACUGAAGCCGCAGUCUGCUGGAUGGAAGUUUUACUGGAUUAAAGACACAGAGAGUAACGAGACUGAGACUGGAACAUUUCACUACUUCAUCAGAUCAGUUAGUGUCUCUGAUGGAGGUCAGUACAGGUGCAGAGCUGGAAGAGGAAACCCAGUCUACUACACACACUACAGUGAUGCACUCUGGGUAAAUGUUACAGGUGAAUCUCCUCCAGUGUCAUUGAUCAUCAGUCCCAGCAGAACUCAACACUUUACUGCUGACUCUCUCUCACUGAGCUGUGAGGACCAGAGAGACUCUACUGGAUGGACAGUGAGAGGACACACAAAUGAGACACUGUACAAUUGUCCAUCAGUUUCAGGAUCUACAUGUAACAUCAGCUCCCUCUCUACAUCACACACUGGAGUUUACUGGUGUCAGUCUGAAUCUGUAGCACGCAGUAAUUCUCUUAACAUCACAGUGCACAAUGGUGAUGUGAUCCUGGAGAGUCCUGUCCAUCCUGUAACUGAGGGAAAUCCUCUGACUUUACGCUGUUUAUAUCGAAACACAAACAUCUCAGACUCUGGUGCUGAUUUCUAUAAAGAUGGAUCAGUUCUCCAGAAGCAGACUACAGGAGAGAUGACCAUCAGUAGUGUCUCAAAGUCAGAUGAAGGUUUCUACCACUGUACACACCCAAAAAGAGGAGAGUCACCGAAAAGCUGGGUUUCAGUCAGAGACGGCACGUCUCCACUGUCAGUACUGAAGAUCCUCAGCAGUGUGGUAGCGGCCUCUCCGUAUGUGCUGGUGACCAUCAUUCUGGCAGUGAAAUGUUACAGAGCUCGAACUGAACUUACUGAGGACAACACACCCUACAGAGUGAUAGAGGCUGAAGCAUCUUUAUGA